AUGCUGUACUACUUUUGCAUUGUAUUUCUAGCUGUAUUUUUGAGUGAAGCAGAAGCGUUUAGUGAUUUUCGAGCACAAUUCAGUUCGUAUACAUGUUCUAUUUUGCAAGAGGUAGGUUCGACCGAAUUUUUCGUGGUAACAUUUUUUUCUUUUCAAAAAUUAAGACUGAAAACCUCUACUCACAUUAUGUUUAAAAUUUUUCAAAAAAACCAUUUCUAGAAAUGCGAAUGGCGUCAAGAAUGGUCCAAAGCUGAAGGUGUACGUAGAGAAUUAGAUAUCGGAAGACCCAAAAUACAAUUUUAUCAUUUCUGUAAAACAUCAAACAUCAAACCGUGUGAUCAAUGGGUUGACGAGGUUUGUAUUCUCAACUGAAGUUUCAACAAUUUUAGAUUUUUGUUAUAGAAAAACGAGAUUGUGAAUGGAACAAGUGAAACAGAUCAUCUCUUGGCUGAUUUUUUUGUGAUUGAAAAUUUGGGAAUUCAUUCGACUGGAGUUUAUUUCAAAUUUCCGAUUGGGGAGAAUGAUAAAAAAUUGAUAGUUGAAUAAUUUAUGUAUUGAAAUUUUGUUUGUAUAUAUUAUGAAUAAAGUAUUGAAGUGUUUUCUUCCCACAAUUUCAAGAGUUCAAAAUCGGUGUAAUUGUGCUUCGCAGUGUAGGUAUGUCUUGAAAACCAUAAAAAAUCUCGACAAACGAAUUUUGACAAAAAAAAUCAGAAGCUCGAAAAUUAAAAUAAGCGUGCUCUAAACAAAAACAAGGUCAAUAAAAAAAUAAAUAUGACAACCGUGACGUGAUUUUUCCCCAAAUAUACGUCAUUUAUUAAAAUUUCGAUAUGGACAAGUUGCUGGUUUGUUUUUCAGUUUUUUUUGUUGCAAAAAUCCCAAACCUAAAGAAAGAACGAAAAAAAUAAAAGUGUGUGUCAACACCAACUGGUCCGCAAACAUUUAAUCUUACGCGCUGACGCGAAAAGGCGCUGCAGAAUAGAAAACACGCUGCUCGCCUAUUGUAUUUUUUGGGGAUUUUUAAAAAUGGGAACCCCCCGGAUUUUAAAAGGGACACGUUAAAUGUAUGAACGUUGGGAACCCUGAGAGUCUUUCAAGCUUUGCUUUUCCCAGGGAGAAUACUAGUUUUGAGAAAACAAAAACAAUUGCGCGUAAGGUUAAAUGUGAAUGACGCAAUGCACACACUGUAGUUCGCGGCUGUAGUUCGCGGCAAAGUUUUUAUUCGAAAACUUAUCCCAAACCUAAAGAAAGAACGAAAAAAAUAAAAGUGUGUGUCAACACCAACUGGUCCGCAAACAUUUAAUCUUACGCGCUGACGCGAAAAGGCGCUGCAGAAUAGAAAACACGCUGCUCGCCUAUUGUAUUUUUUGGGGAUUUUUAAAAAUGGGAACCCCCCCCCGGAUUUUAAAAGGGACACGUUAAAUGUAUGAACGUUGGGAACCCUGAGAGUCUUUCAAGCUUUGCUUUUCCCAGGGAGAAUACUAGUUUUGAGAAAACAAAAACAAUUGCGCGUAAGGUUAAAUGUGAAUGACGCAAUGCACACACUGUAGUUCGCGGCUGUAGUUCGCGGCAAAGUUUUUAUUCGAAAACUUAUUUCGAAAGAAAAGAAAAAAUAUUUUUCAUUGUCAGGAAGAAAUCGAAAGGGAAAAGAAGAUUAUACAAAGAUGUCAAAGAAGUAUCGACAAUAAAGAACCGUAUGAUUAUGAUUCAAUGAAAAAACAAAUUAAAGUGAGUUGUUUUUCAAUUUUUUUCAGUUAUCUCAAAGUAAUUUCAUUGUCAGCUAUCGCAAAGUAAAAUAACUACAAUGCAAAUGAAACUCGAGAACCUUCAAAAUGUUAACAAAAAAGCAUUGAGGGAUGGAAUUGAAACGAGUCAUUUGGAAUUGUCGAGACAAAUUCUGAAGACUCAAAUGAUGUGUGAUGGAGCAGAUCGUGUAAAACAAAGUUUAUUGGAAGGACAAAAGAACACGAAACAGUGCAAAGAGGUCGAGCAAACAAUUCUGGAAUUGAAUGAAAAAUUGGAAUUAUUGUUGAGAUGUGCCAGAGAGAUCUCAUCAAAAACAGUAAUUUCAAUUCCGAAUGAACCGAUUGAAACUAAACAUUUGGUACCAGUUUCAGGACUUUUGAAGGUAUAAAAAUACGAUUGACUGAAAUGUUCCAUUCAUUUAAAACAAUUUUCAGAUUCGUGUAACUGGUUUAUAUGAUUUGAGUACAUCUGCGCCGCAGAAAUUUGGAAAAUAUGCAUCGGAUCAUUUGAAACAAUCAGUGGAAAAGAAAAUGUGGAUGUUUGAAAAGUAUAAUCGAAAAAGAAGAUUAGAUAAUGAUUAUAUUGUUGCAAUCCAUGUUGGUGGAAAAACUGUGGCAAGUGUGAUUUGGAAUGAAAAGAAAACAAUGUAUGGUGGAGACGAGAUUUCAAUUGAACUCCGAAAAUAUCGACAAAUCGAAUUUGAAGUGUAUCACACUGAUUGCAGAUCAUUAUGUGCUAUUGGAACAUUUGAUUUGAAUGUGUUGCUAGAAGAAGAAGUUGGAGGAUUUGGGCAUAGAAGUGUGAAAUUGUUACCGAAAGGAACUCUUCAUUUUCAAACUGACUAUAAUGAUCCAGAACAAUUUACUACGAAUAAAUUGAAGAAAGAAGAUGUUUGGAGAAAUUCGAUCAGUUUUAGAAAGUUGGUUUUAUUCGGAGAUUUGAUAUUUAUUGAAACUGUAAAAAAUAAUUUUUUAGAAGUGGAAGUGUUCUGGCAAGAUGUUCUCGAUCUAGUUAUCUACCUCGAGAAUCCAUUCGAAAUACAACAUUUAGUCAUAGCUUAUCUCUUUCUCGAAGGCCGGCUGAUUGUUUGGAUGAUUAUAAUUUGAUUUCGGUUAUUGGAAUUGGUGCAUUUGGAAAAGUUUAUUUGGCAAAACGAAAUCAUGAGAAAUCAACUUUUUGUGCUGUCAAAAAGAUCACGAAGAAUAGAGGAUCGCAAAGUUUCGAAACACCAGAAUUUCAAGUUAUGAAAGAAUUGUCACAUCCAUUUAUUUGUAAUUUGAUCUCAAGUUUUACGGAGAAAAACUCGUUAUAUUUGGUAUUAGACUUCUGGUGAGUGAUUAGAAUUAUUUAUUUUUUUUUUGUGAAAUGCAGAUUUACCGAAUUUAUUUUAAUUUUUGAUAAAAUGACAAAUUUUACAAAUUGUAAAAUUUGUCAUUUUAUGCAGGCAUUUUUUCCCUGAUGCUUAUCAAUAAUAAUAAUUUGCAGCGAAGCCGGUGAUCUACACACUCAUCUUUGUCUAACACAAAAUGGUUUCACUGAAUCUCAAGUAACAUAUUUCGCGUGUUCAAUUGUGUUAGCCGUUGAAUAUCUUCAUGAAAAACUAUACGUUCAUCGAGAUUUGAAGACUGAAAAUAUGAUGUUAACUCGACAAGGAUACCUCAAAUUGAUUGAUUUUGGCCUUUGUCGAAAAUUGAAGAAUCGUCGCGAAAAAAUGAACGAAAUUGUGGGAACAACAACGCAUUUGGCAGCAGAAAUUCAUCGGCGAGAACCGUAUGGAAUUGAAAUGGAUUGGUGGGCUGUUGGAGUUUCGUUAUUCCAAUUACGAGUAAGUUGUUUUUUCUUCUUCCGAUUUAUUUAAUAUUAUUUUCUUAAGACAAGAUCAAACCCAUUCUACGGUGAUCGAGAUGAAGAUAUGAGUAAAAUACCACGAAUCUCACAAUGGCCAGUUUUUCAUGAUUUGUUAAUUCAAUUACUCGCACAUUAUCCAGAAGCACGUCUCGGAUUUCAUAGCACUCAAGAUGUGAAAAAUCAUCCAUUUUUUAUGGAUAUUGUUUUUGAUGAGAUCUAUAAUAUGAAAUAUCCACCUCCAUAUGUUCCGUUGCUUAGACCUGGAAUGGAUCUAACAUAUUUCAAUCAAAAUGGGCAGGGAUCCGAAUGCAGUUCGAGUAAUUCAUCGUGCAAUUCUUGUUGCACAAUGA